AUGGCUUUCAUGGUCGGCGAUCGGCAAUCCAACUUUAAGCACUUCUGCAAAAUCUGCAAGAAAGGGUUUGGCUGUGGCAGAGCUCUCGGAGGCCACAUGAGGGCUCACGGCAUCGGAGACGAAGGCGGCGGCAUGGACGACGAUGACGACCCGGCCAGCGACUGGGAAGACAGCAACAAGCUUGGUGGAGAUUCUAAUGUUUCUCCCUCCAACAAACGAAUGUACGCCUUGAGGACGAACCCUAAUCGGUUCAAGAGUGUUAGGAUUUGUGAGAAUUGUCGUAAAGAGUUCUUCUGUUGGAAAUCCUUCCUUGAACAUGGUAAAUGCACUUCCGACGACCCCGAUGAGUCGUUCGUCUCGUCGCCGGGCUCGGACGGCGACGAUAUGUCAGGUCGGAGAGGUUGUGGUUGGUCUAAGAGGAAGAGGUCUUUUCGAGCCAAAGUGGGAAGCUUCAAUAAUAACCCUAAUUAUUCACCAUCCAAUGAAGACGAAGACCUCGCUAACUGUUUAAUGAUGCUGUCAAACGCCGCCGUGGAUCCUCUCGAUGAAUCUUCUGCGUUCGCGAGCAAAGACGAAGAUAGAAGAAACCCUAAUCUGAGCUUCAUGGCUCCAAUGUCCCAAAUCUCUUCAGAUCAUAACAAAGCCAAAGAGGGAGGCGGCAAUAAUAUUAAUCAUAAGGGUUUGUUUGAAUGCAAAGCAUGCAAGAAAGUGUUCAAUUCGCAUCAAGCAUUGGGUGGUCACAGAGCCAGCCACAAGAAAGUCAAAGGUUGCUUCGCGGCUCGGCUAGACAACCUCGACGACUCCGGCACCGGCGCUGACGAUGACGUCAUCACCCAUGAAGACCAACUCUUCCCGACCAACAAAUCCAACAACAAUUCAGCCCUUCACUUCGAUCAAGGGUCCAACAAUAAUAACGCCUCAUCAAUGGCGUCGUCCUCUAAGAGGAAAUCCAAAGUCCAUGAAUGCUCCAUAUGCCACCGCGUUUUCUCAUCUGGACAAGCACUGGGAGGACACAAGAGGUGUCAUUGGAUUACAUCAAACGCACCAGACACCUCGGCGCUGGCUAGAUUUCAGCAAUUUCAAGAACAAAUAGAACAACACAUGACCAAUAAUAAUCAAGUUAUGGCAAAGUUUGACGACUCUGAUCAGCCAAUUGAUCUCAAGCUCGAUCUCAACCUCCCAGCUCCGUCGCGCAAUGUCUCAACGGAAAUCUACUUACAGUCAUGGGUCGGUGGUGGCAGUGGAGGAGUGGUGAAAGAACAUAAAGAUGACAAAAGUCAAAGUCUUCAUCGUCGUCAAGAAAUGGACAAUGAGAAUAAUAAUGAUGAAGAAUGCAAGAACAGUAACAAAAACCUUAACGCUAGCAGUGGUUCAACCAUGCCAAACGUGGAAGAUGACGAAGCUGAGAGUAAGGUGAAGUUAGCGAAACUAAGUGAACUAAAGGACAUGAACGUAGGAGGGAGUUCCUCGCCAUGGUUACAGGUGGGAAUCGGUUCCAGUACAACUACUACUGAUGUCGGAACUGACCCAUAA